GCGGUAUGCACACAAAGCUGGUAAUGUAAUCUUUCAACAAACACAAAGAAGAAGCUGAGCAAACAGUAGGUGUCGAAUGAAAGCUAAGAAAGGUUUCUUUGUCGUUGGAUUACUGUACUGGAACCUGACCAUGAGUGUUUCUGCACUCUUUCUACUUGGCAGCCUUUGCCUUGCCUGCUCAGGGCAGCAGUGCUCCAAACCUGCCUCACGGCAGAACAUGCAUCUAAAGGACGAGUACAUCCUUAAAGACACAUUUGAGGAUGGGUCCACUGUGGUCUUCGUCUGUGAUGCUGGCUACACAUCCGCAGGAGGUUCUGGAAGCAUCAAGUGUACUGCAGGGAUUUGGAGUCCUGUUCAGCUGACUUGCGAGAGGAAGAGCUGUGGAUCUCUUGGUGAAGUGACUAAUGGACAAGUUUCCUACCCUGAAGGAGUGCAGUUUGGGGAUAAAGCAUUGAUCACUUGUAACAUAGGUCAUAUAUUAGUUGGUAAAAGUGAAAUCAAAUGUGAAAUCCAAGGAUGGUCGGCCAGGUUGCCUACAUGUGAAGUUGUUAAGUGUCUUCAGCCAAGUAGUAUUGCAAAUGGUACAUUCGUGCCACUAAAGGAAGAUUAUGCAUACAGAGACGUUGUCGAGUAUUCCUGCAACAAAGGUUAUACACUCAAUGGAUCACGACAAUUAAUCUGUGAGGAAAAUGAAAAGUUCAAACCUUCUCCUCCGUCAUGCGUCUGGGUUGAGUGUAAGGAUCCUGUGAUUCCAAAUGCAGAAUAUAUUGACGGUUCUCGGCCUCCACAUAGGCACAUGGCUACUGUGAUAUAUAACUGCAAACCUGGGUACAAAAUGAUCGGACAAAAUACCCUGACCUGCAACAUAAGUAGCCAGUGGUAUCCUAGAAUUCCAGAAUGCAUCAGCAAUGGAAAUGUUGUUGUGGGAGGAUUACUGGGUGGACUUGUAAGCAUCACAGUCAUGUUUGUUCAAAAUUACUGGAUGUAAGCGUAUCAUCUCGAGUGGAGGUCUUCUUCUGACUGAUCAGGGAUGUACCUGCCCUUCGUGUGCUGUGCAGUCUUUGUCAUUUUUUGGGAACUUGAUUCAAAGCGGCAUCCUGGGACAGAAGUAGAUUAAGUUCUGUCCCUGUUUGAUUCAUUCUAGAUAUAAGCAGUUCAGCAUCAAGCAUAGCCUUGGUAGUCAGAUUUACAAGUUGUCCUAAGCAUGUGCAAUUAAGAUGUUUGAAAGAUGUUUUAAAUUUAUAUAUAUAUAUAUAGCAAGUUCCUAUUCUAAGAGUCUAGUUUAUGUAUUAUUUUAGUUUGUAGCUUCACAUAGUAAGAUUGCUGCUCAUAAGGUUUUAUUUAUUACAGAAAUAUUUUCAUUAAUAUGAAAUGAAUCACGUCAUGAAUGAGUUUUGUGUUUCUAAUAGCUGAUCAACCAGUCACUCUUAAAGGUCCAGACUGAAGAAAACAGAAUGAAUUGCUGGAUAAUCCAUAGUGCCUGAACAAAUAUAAAUGCCAUUCUUGAUGUGCCUGAAUGAAAAGAUAUUAAGUAUUGUUUUUUUGUAAUGUAUGUUCAUGUAAUGAAGAGAUCUUCA